AUGUCUGUAGUCCUUGUCACUGGAUCUUACGACCAUGAAAUCAGGUUCUGGGAAGCCUGGAGUGGAAUCUGUUCUCGUACUAUAGCAAGAUCUGGAGAGUCUGGCCAAGUGAAUCGUCUUGCCAUCUCACCUGACAAACGCCUUUUGGCCGCGGCAAUUCACAAAAAGGUCUACAUUUACGAGAUUACCAGUACCUCCUCAACACCACUAACGUGCCUGGAUGCACAUACAAACAAUGUAACCUCCGUGUCCUUCCACAGCGAAGGCAAGUGGUUGGUGACGGGUAGUGAAGAUGGUACCAUCAGAAUAUGGGAUCUUCGAAGUACACAAGUGCAUAGAACGUAUGAUAAUGGCGCCCCUGUCAAUGAUGUCUGUGUCCAUCCAAAUCAGGGAGAGCUUAUAUCCUGCGACCAAGCGGGUUGCAUUAAGCAGUGGGAUUUAUCAGAAAAUCUUUGUUCACACGAGCUGACACCUGCAGGCGACGUGCCUAUUCGGUCCGUAAGCUUGGCAUCUGAUGGGUCCUGCCUGGUUGCUGGAAAUAAUAAGGGCAAAUGCUACGUCUGGAAAAUUAACGAGGAGAAGUCAGAUCUACCUCGUUACCAGGCAGUGACAAAGUUCAGCGCCCAUAAAAAGUACCUUACUAGGGUGUUGCUUAGUCCAGAUGUGAAAUAUCUCGCCACGUGCUCUGCAGAUACCACGGUGAAGAUAUGGUCGAUAUCUCAGAAUUACGAAUUCAGACAAGAGAAGGUUCUUCAAGGCCAUCAACGCUGGGUUUGGGAUUGCGCAUUCAGUGCUGAUUCUGCUUAUCUUGUUACUGCGUCCUCGGAUCAUACUGCUCGGCUUUGGGAGAUGGCCUCGGGAGAGACUGUGCGACAAUAUAAUGGUCAUCAUAAAGCGGCUGUUUGCUGUGCACUCCACGAUGGCGCUGGAUAG